GAAAGACAGACAAUGUGGACUUACUUGAUAAAAUGAUAUGAUAAAUGAUAAAGAUGAGCUAUACGACAGUCGGAUUUCACCCACGAGAGCCUCGCAGACAAUCCCCAGCAGCUCUCAGCGCACGUCGACAGCGGCACGGACGCACGUGUUCAGGUUCUCGACGUCACAGCGGAGAACACAACCCACGGCUCGGCCUAGAGAGGCGUUAGGUGAGGGAUUUACAUGGGCCGCCUAGAUCGUAAACUCGAGGUUGGUCAAUGGUAGAUGGUGACAGCUAACAGGACCGUUGACAAUGGCUCUCCAGGCAUGUAGAAAGUGUGAUGUGUUGCUGGUGUUGAGAUUGGUCAAGCCAGGCGAACUGAGGAAUGGCAGAACUGUUUGUACACGUGCGGCAUACACGAGAUUUCAUCAGACUGGUCGAUCCAUGAAGACAACGGCUUACCGGCCCGCAAAGAACGGGAUUAUCGCCAGACAAUUCACCUCCUCACACACGUUAUUGGCGAAGUCUGACCCUGACAAUAACAAAUACCAGGUGGUUGUGGUUGGAGGGGGGACAGGCGGGUGUAGUGUGGCCGCAAAGUAUGCCAGGAAGCUCGGACCCGGCAAAGUCGCUGUCAUCGAACCUAAUGACACUCACUAUUAUCAGCCCAUGUGGACGCUGGUUGGGGCAGGCGUCAAGACGGUCAAGCAGUCCGCACGUUCCAUGGAGUCCGUGCUCCCUGGAAACUGCCAGUGGAUACGAGAGAAAGUUGUCAAGUUUAACCCCAAGAUGAACAUUGUGACCACAGGCAGCGGAAGAGAGAUCGGUUAUGAUUAUCUGGUGGUUGCCAUGGGAAUACAGCUCAAUUAUCACUGGAUCAAGGGGCUUCCUGAAGCAUUUGAUGUGGAUAAGAGACUGUGUUCUAACUACUCGUGUGACACCGUGGAGAAAACGUUCCCAGCACUUCAGGCAUUCCAGGGAGGAAAUGCGAUCUUCACCUUCCCUAAUACACCGAUCAAAUGUGCAGGUGCCCCCCAGAAAAUCAUGUACCUGGCUGAGCAUUUCUUUAGGAAGGAAGGAAAGAGAGAAAAGGCCAAUGUUAUAUUCAACUCUUCCCUAGGUGUUAUAUUUGGAGUGAAGAAAUAUGCUGAGAGGUUACUGGAAAUUAUCAAAGAAAGGAAUAUUACUGUAAACUAUAAAAGGGAAUUAAUAGAGGUAAAACCAGAAGCAAGUGAAGCAGUUUUCAAACUGGACAGUGAAGCAGGAGAGACAGAAACAUAUAAAUACGACUUCAUGCACAUUACCCCGCCUAUGUCCGCACCGGACGUAUUAAAGCAGAGCCCCCUGGUGGAUGCCACUGGGUAUCUAAAUGUGAACAAGGAGACAUUACAACCUGGAGUUCCUAACAUCUUCGGGAUAGGAGACUGUACCAAUGUACCCACGUCAAAGACAGCAGCUGCCGCUGCUGCUCAGAGUGGAAUCCUGAAGAAGAACUUGGAUGCUUUUAUGGAAGGGAAAGGCCCCCAAAAACGGUAUGAUGGCUACACUUCCUGCCCACUGAUCACAGGCUAUGGCAAGUGCAUCCUGGCAGAGUUUGACUUUAACGCCCAACCCCUGGAGACAUUUCCGAUCGAUCAGGGGAAGGAAAGACGGACGAUGUAUCACAUGAAGAAGGAUGUCAUGCCCGAGCUGUACUGGUAUCUCUUCCUCAAAGGCAUAUGGGAAGGACCUGCAAUAUACCGCAAGUUGUUGAGUCUAGGAACAAAAAAGUAGAAAUCGAUUGUUGUAAUUUUCUGUCAGAAGUUUCAGAUUGAUCCUAACUGUUUGUACAGACAGUAACAAGAUAUUUCUAUGACUCUCAUUACAUGUGAGUGAUAACCAACAAUUCAUUUGGUGUUUCAAAUCAACUUUGUUCAUGUCCCAUGAGCAAAGCGGUGUGUGGCUUUCUUUUAUUUUAUGUUAUUGACAGCUGUGAUGCAGUAAUAUAUAAGAGUUAUUUGCCCUUGAGUACUAGCCGUCUUGGGGGUAUUUCGGUCGUACAGUAGAUGUUCUAAUCAUCUUUUGUCUUGCUUACAACAGAACAUUUGUUUUAUGAUUUCUUAUACUUUGGCUUAUCUUGAGACUGCUUUAAAUCUAUAGGCAGGACCGUAGUCAGCUAAAAUUUUGGAAGCUGACUUCCGGUUUUGAAUUUCCAUUUCAAAGUAUUUCAUAAGAACUUUCGCAAGUGACUGCAAUGUUCAUCAGGAGUCUGGAAAAGUCAAUGUGUGCCCUUGUACUUAUGUGAUAACAAAGUGCUGCAAUGAAACCGGAGAGGACAAACGACAGUAGCAUCACACAGGAAGGGUCUAGUAUUAUAUGGAAAUGUUUUGGGGUGUGUUUUAAUCUAAAAUCGUUGGAAUUCCAGUAGUUGUGUCAGCUAUUCUUGCUUUUUUAGUCCACAGAUCGUUAUAUGAUUUUGUUUGUAUUUUUAUUAUGUGUGAUGUGUUAAUAUGUUUAUUGGAUGUCUUUUAUAUUCUAUCUGCUUUUGUUGAGUGCAGUCUGGGUGGUACAUUAAGAAUUGCUCUUAUAAAUAGGCUUUGAAAAGCAAGCUCAUGUUAGAUAAUCCGUUUUCUUUUCGUACAAAAACUAAACUUUGCAGGGUUUGAGGAUAGCGCCUAAUGACAGAUGAGAGCCUAAUGCCUAUUGGCUGAGUUACUUUCCAGUUGCAAGCAAAGCGACGUUACUAUUUGCUGAAUUCGUAUCAUUGUUCGAACGCUUGCUAUCUGUUGUGCCAUCAAGACCGGUACAAACGGUGAAACCGCUCGUGAAGUUUGUGCCUGAGUAAUGUGAAGAUGCAGAUUCCACUUGCUUUUGAGAAACUCCUCCUGUUUAUUUCU